AUGUCGACUGUUACGAAGCAGUUCUACCUAGUGGGCGAUGAUCCAAGCACUGCCCGCUCUAUUGAGGUCGACAGCAACCAAACCCUAAAAUCCUUGCAAGAGGUGCUGGGCGAUGAGUUUCACAUCAUCCAACCAUCAGGAAUUUCAUUCCAAUCAGCAGACCAAGCUAUCGAGACCGUGGCCGAGGUGGAGGAGGCCAACUCCUCUAUCGGCAUCAGCGUAGAUGGGAUGCCAAUUCGCGAGCCAGAUGGGCCGCCUCCACUGCCCAUCGUCGGCAACUUCUACGAGAUCUACCCCGACCAUCUCGGAAACCACGAGCGCCUAUUUCGCAAAUACGGUUCCGUCAUCAAGACGGUCAACAAUGGAAAGGUCAACUACCUGACCAAUGACCCAGCUGUGGCGGGCUAUGCUUUCAGCGAAUCUCAAUAUUUCACCAAGGGCAUCAACUCUGAUCACCCGCUGUUUCCAUUGAAGGAUAACUCCGCGCUCUUCCUAGGCGACACAGAGACUGAAAAUUUCCGAUUGAGCCAUAAAUUUGUGCCUCCAUGUCUGAGUCCAAAGGCCGUCCGGCACUAUACGCCAUUGAUGCAGCAAUGCGUCCGGGAAUCCUUCAAGGUAUUCGAUGCUGCCGAUGAGGCGGACGAGUCCUGGAACGUCUACCAAUACAUGCUAAAACUAGGCUCUCAAACGGUGGGAAAGUUCAGUCUCGGUCUGGACUUUGGCCACUUUGAGAGCCGCGACGCCCCGCUACACAGGGCCGUGAAACUCAUCGCAGAAAUCCUGGCUCUCAACAAGAAGGUCGCCUCCCGCGGUGCUUGGUACGGGAAACUCCCCUUUGGAGACCCAGCGCGCCUCAAGAGCGGACAACAGGAAAUGUAUGGUAUCAUCCACAAGGCUAUGAAUGCCCUUCGAGAUGAGGGAGCCCCGGACCUUCCACUCCACGACGCUGCUCUCCAGGCAAGCUGCGCAGCCGACUAUCUCGCUCGAGCUGUCGACGAGACUGGCGCCAAACUUCCCGAGCAGCUUGCCUUUUCGAACCUCGUCGUCGUCACUGGGGCUGGAUUCACGACUACCUCGUCGCUGCUAUCCUGGCUGAUAUACUCAAUGGUCACAUACCCCGGCGAACAGGACCGUCUCCUCCAAGAACUUGUUGAUAACGACGUCAACAGUGAGACCAACUGGGACACGGAGCUCAUCCAAUCCCUCGCCUACCUCGACAAAUUCGUCAAAGAGACGCAACGAAUCCACAACCCCUCCUACCAACCCGGCCGGACCACAAAACAAGAAGUUAUCGUCCCUGGCGGCUACCGCCUCCCAGCCGACAAGAUCCUCAUCCCCGCGCUCUACGCAAUCCAGACCAACCCCGAUUUCUGGGACAGCCCGCUGCGCUUCGACACAUCGCGGUGGGAGCCGGAGAAGUCGAAGGACAGGCAUCGGUGCGCGUAUCUCCCGUUCGCGACUGGGCCCCGUGGAUGCAUUGGUUUCAACUUUGCGCUGCAGGAGGUUAAGGUCCUGCUACCGGAACUGUUGUAUCGAUAUGAGUUCUCGCGUGCGUCGGCGGAGACGAUCGAGUAUGAUCCGGAGUUCCAGCUGAUUCGUCCGUUGAACUUUUACGUUCGUGCGAGGAAGCGCACGGUGUGGCCAGAAAAAUCGAAAUAGACAGGGUUAGAAAGGGGCGAGGGUGUGUUGCGGGAGUUACGGUUGACUAUGGUAUGUAAUAUCAUUAUGGUAGAUGUAAAAUAGAAG